AUGUUAUUGCUUGGUUCUACUGCCUUGGCUUUGCUCCUUGGGAGCAGGUCAGUUUCUGCCGGUUCACUGAAGGACAUCAAGCAUGUUGUGAUCUUUAUGCAGGAGAACCGAUCAUGGAAUAGUUACUUUGGCACAAUGGCAGGCGUCCGAGGAUUCAACGACCCAAACGUGCAGGUCAAUCCAGAUGGAUUACCUGUUUGGUACCAACAAGUCGAUCCUGACAUGUCCAAUGCUACGACAACCCUCCUCCCUUGGUAUCUAGGUUACCAAGGAGGGAACACGACAGACGCGAUCCAGUGCAUGGCAGCGGGAGAUAACGGUUACGAGGAUAGCCAUGCCUCGCUCAACGGAGGACUGAACAACCACUGGGCCCGCAAUAACACCCCCUGGAGCUGGGGAUAUUUCAAGAGAGACGAUAUACCUGUUCAUUAUGCUAUCGCUGAGGGUUGGACGACCGGCGAUAUGUAUCAAGAGUCACAAGUAACCUCUACCAACCCAAACCGUGUUACUCUCGUCAGUGGCUCUGUGAACGUUCCUGGCGGUCCUCAAAAGCCUGAUCAAGGCGGCGUUUACAUUGACAACAAUGUAACACCUGGGUGCGAUAGCUAUAAUAUCAAUUGCUAUCCCCUCAAGUGGAAAACAAUCUUUGAAGUCUACGAAGAGGCAGGCGUCUCAUGGCAGGUCUACCAGGAUAAAGACAACUUUGACGACAACCCUCUGGCCCGGUUUGAGCAGUACCAGAACGCUUCGUCUUCCUCACCGCUCGUAGAGAAAGGCAUGGCGUUCUUGGGAUUAGAAACCUUCUAUGAAGCUGCUGCCAAUGGGACCCUUCCGGAAAUCAGCUUUAUUGUCGGCCCUGCAGAGUUGUCAGAGCACCCACCCUAUAUGCCCAAGGACGGUGCCUGGCUGCAGAAGAAGGUUGUGGAUGCUGUGACGAGUAGCCCCAGAUACGAUUCUACGCUGCUCAUGAUAAGCUACGACGAAUCUGGUGGUUACGGAGACCAUGUCAUCCCUUUCCACUCACCAGAAGGCACACCAGGUGAGUGGAUAGAGGACCCUUAUGGCGUUUUUGGAAAGCUAUAUGUUGGACCUGGCCUUCGGGUACCUUUCUAUAUGGUGUCCCCGUGGACCCGUGGCAACCGUGUCUUCACUGAGAGGGCGGAUCAUAAUUCUCAAAUUCUGUUCUUGGAGCAGUGGCUUACGGCGAGGGGCUAUGAGAAUGUGCAGACACCAGAAAUGGUUCACUGGCGCCGGGAACAUAUGUCCAACCUCGUCAAUGCACUGGACUUAGACCAUCCCGACACCAGCCUCCCAAAAUUGCCAAAGGCUGAAGAGCCUGAAAUGUCCUCAGGCGCUUACGUCGGCACAUCCAACUGCGAAGCGACGUUCCCAGAGCCCCGUCCUCCUGUACCAUAUGGGAAGCAGAAUGUGACAGAGUCAUUGUUUUUCGAGGACGGAUACAAAGAGGUUGUCGGCUACCUGACUGAGGGACGGUACCUCGUUUUCGAGAAGUCUGGAUAUGCGCUCACCAAUAUCGGAAACACAAGCAGAUUAAGCAGCAGCGCAGCGCGUUCGGACCACAGUGACAAGAAACAAAGAUGGGUGAUUCAUUAUUCCAGCGGCGAAGAGAGCCAGAUCUUCAAACUCUCUAGUGCACUGGAUGGCAAGUGGCUUGGCCCACACGGAAGUCUGCUGCCAGCUGGUCGCCGGGGCGAUGCUGCAGAAGUGAAGAUUACCUUCCUGGGCAAUGGUCACGGAUAUGGUCUGCAGUAUGUCAACUCGACUGUUAUCACACUGGACGGUCAAGGAGGACUGCAGAUGAACUCUACCAAGCACUCCCGAGAGGGCUACAAAGUGUGGAGUGUCACCUAUCACUAG